AUGAACUCAUCCAAAAUCAUGCUCAUGAUGACCUUGCUGGUUUUAAUGAGUAUAGCCAAUUCUCUUUCAGCUGCAGCGCCAACCAUUGAUGAAUCAUAUGCCAACAUAAAGAAAGAUAAUGCUAAUGAACACCCAUUACCUGAGAGCGAGCAGCCGUCGUUUCUCGUAAGAAAUGGCCGCUUCCUUGCCCAACGGGUCCAGGCCGUGAGCACCACCUGCGACGUGUACCCUAAGCUUUGUCGUGCCAAGGACAGCCAUGGGCCUGAUUGCUGCGGCAAGCAAUGUGUUAAUCUGAUGACAGACAAACUUAACUGUGGGAAGUGCGGGAAGAAGUGCAACUACUCUCAAAUGUGUUGCCAAGGAGACUGCGUGAACCCGUCCAGUGAUGAGAGACACUGCGGCCAAUGCAACAAAAAGUGUAAGAAUGGAAGCUCAUGUCAGUACGGAUUAUGCAGCUAUGCUUAAUUACAGAGUAAAACUACACUUUUAUCGUAUCAUUAUUUUACCUUGCAUGUUCACGUGA